AUGAAGUGGUUAAGAAGUUUCCAUACUCUGAUUACUUUAGGGAACAAACCCCCUAUCAUUCCUGAUAGUUUACGUUCCUUCGUCCCACCACGUACUAUACCUAUCAAAUCAGGUAAAGAUCAAGUUUUUAUGGCCGAAUAUGAAAGAACUCGUAUAAUUCCUGCCUUAAAUACAUAUUAUGGAGGUAAUGCUAAACACGAUCAUACAGUGGCCAAAUUAAAUGAAUUACUCAGAAGACAUCAACAUUUACCUACCAGACCUAUCACCACUGAAGAAAUGAAAACCAAUGAUUUCUUAUCUUUCAAAGAAUAUAGAGAUGAAUAUAUUGGUAGUGAAAAAGUUAAGAUUGGUCACCAUAAAGAAUUAUUAAGAGUAUUAAAUCGUUUAAAAAUCAUAGAUUCCCAAUUAAUACCUCUGGAAGUUAUUACUACUUUAAAUGAAUUCAUCACAUCAUCCGAUCAAACCACCAAAAUCACUAAAAAAUUAAAAACCACUGAUGAAGAUGGUGUUAUAAAUAUCAAAUCUAAGAGAAAGACUUCAGUAGCUAAUGUUAAAUUAGUUAAUGGUGAAGGUAAGAUUAUGGUUAAUGGUAUUAAUUAUACUGAAUAUUUCACCAGAGAUCAAGAUCGUGAAUCUAUUACUUUUCCUUUAUUAGUAUUAGAAUUGAUUGGUAAAUUAAACAUUUUUGUUAAUGUUAGAGGUGGAGGAAUUAGUUCUAAAGCUGAUGCAGUGAAAUUAGGUAUAGUUAAAGCUUUAGGAGCAUUUAAUCCUAUUUAUAAGAAUAGAUUGAAACAAGCAGGAUUAAAAUCAGUUGAUCCAAGAAUAGUUGAAAGAAAGAAACCUGGUAAAGUUAAAGCCAGAAAAUCCCCUACUUGGGUUAAACGUUAG